AUGGAUCAGCCUAAAGGGAAAGGAAUCAGCAUUGCGAUCGAUAGAGGCGGCACGUUCACCGACUGCGUGGGCAAUCCCGGCACGGGACGUUUGGAAGAUGACAUAGUGAUUAAACUGCUCUCGGAAGAUCCGAACAAUUAUGAAGAUGCUCCCCUUGAAGGAAUACGCCGCAUUCUGUCCAAAGUCACCGACCGUGAAAUCCCACGAGGAGAAGCCAUCGAUACCUCGCUGAUCCACAGCAUCCGCAUGGGGACAACCGUCGCAACAAACGCCCUACUUGAGCGCAAAGGAGAGAAGAUCGCUCUCGUCGUUAGCAAGGGCUUCCGUGACUGCCUGCAGAUUGGAAACCAAUCCCGUCCUCGCAUAUUUGACCUUGCCAUUAAGCGGCCCGACGUGCUGUAUGAAGAGGUGGUGGAGGUUGAUGAGCGGGUCACUCUGGAGGACUAUGCAGAGGAUCCACAGCGCAAUGUGACGACCACGGCUCCACGAGACCAGUCUCAGUCUGAUGCACAGGUUGUUCGGGGACUCUCAUCCGAGGCUGUUCGCAUCCUCAAGCGCCCCGUCGAAGAAACGGUGAGAUCACAGCUGCAGCAGGUAUACGAUCGCGGCAUUCGGAGUAUAGCAGUAUGUCUAAUGCACGGAUACACGUUCCCCGACCACGAGGCAUUAGUCGGUCGACUAGCUGCAGAGAUUGGAUUUCACCAUGUGAGCCUAAGCCACCAGCUUAUGCCGAUGAUCAAGCUUGUCCCAAGAGCCACUUCAGCCUGUGCAGACGCGUAUUUGACUCCGACUAUCAAGAGGUACAUUUCAGGCUUCCAAGCAGGGUUCAAUAGUGGCCUUGGAAGCGAGAGUGUUAAAAACGAGCAAGGCUCUCGGGGCGCACGCUGUGAAUUUAUGCAAUCUGAUGGCGGCUUGGUCGACUUCGAUCAAUUUUCCGGCCUGCGAGCCAUCCUGUCCGGUCCCGCUGGUGGGGUGGUCGGAUAUGCGUUGACUUCAUAUGACCCCGUUUCCAAAAUUCCCGUGAUAGGGUUUGAUAUGGGUGGAACCAGCACCGAUGUGAGCCGAUAUGGAUCAGGUCGAUACGAACAUGUCUUUGAAACAACCACGGCUGGAGUGACCAUUCAAUCCCCUCAGUUAGACAUCAACACGGUAGCCGCCGGUGGUGGCUCCAGGCUAUUUUUCCGCAAUGGGCUGUUCGUUGUAGGUCCCGAGUCAGCAGGAGCUCACCCGGGACCUGCGUGCUAUCGCAAGGAUGGCCCGUUGACUGUCACAGAUGCCAACUUGUUCCUCGGCCGACUAGUCCCUGACUUCUUCCCCAAGAUUUUCGGUCCGCAUGAGAACCAAGGCCUGGAUGAAGAGACCAGCCGGCGUUUGUUUGAGCAAUUGACGAAGGAGAUCAAUCAAGAGUUAGCUCAAGGAGACCAAAACAAAGAAAUGACACCCGAUGAGGUUGCAUUCGGAUUUAUCAAGGUCGCUAAUGAGACGAUGACCCGGCCUAUUCGAUCCCUAACCGAAGCAAAGGGUCAUGAUACUUCGAAGCAUCGGCUUGCAACCUUUGGAGGUGCUGGUGGACAGCAUGCAGUCGCCAUCGCUGAAAGUCUGGGCAUUCGCCAAAUCCUAAUCCAUCGAUAUUCAUCCGUACUUUCUGCGUACGGAAUGGCGCUGGCCGACGUGGUCGAUGAAACCCAGGAGCCUGAAUCUAAAACAUGGAGCGAUGGGUCGGGGGUGCGCCAGGAGCUUGCACGGAGACUAGACGAGCUGAAGAAGAGGUCUACAAAAAGAUUGCAAGACCAAGGCUUCAAUGAUGAAUCUAUCAUCUUUGAAGAAUACUUGAAUAUGCGAUACCGGGGAACGGAAUCAGCACUUAUGAUCUUGAAGCCUACCAAAGAAGACGCAAAGGAUGUCUUUGGCGGCGAUGAGUGGGCCUUUGGCAAAGCAUUUAUCCAACAGCACGAGCAAGAGUUUGGUUUCACCCUGCCCGAUCGUGACAUAAUCGUGGAUGAUGUGCGGGUGAGAGGUAUUGGGAAGAGUUUCAAGGCUUCUGAGAAGACGGUUGAUCAACAACUUCAGGAGUCUAGACCCAAGGAUGUGGUUGGAAAGGAAUAUCGAACAUCUCAGGUAUACUUUGAAGGCGGACGGCAUGAAACACCAAUCUAUAAACUCGACGACUUGCAGAUCAACGACCGUGUGAAAGGACCAGCGAUACUUGCCGAUGAGACCCAAACCAUUGUGGUGACCCCUGGAGCCUCUGCACUUCUCACCAAGACUCACGUCGUUAUCAACAUCGGAGACUCCGACGCGAGUGCUCCCCAAAUCAGAACCGAUGUCGUAGAUCCGAUUCUCCUAAGCGUCUUUUCGCACCGGUUCAUGGCCAUAGCAGAACAGAUGGGCCGCGCGCUGCAAAAAACAAGUGUAAGUACCAACGUCAAAGAGCGGCUCGAUUACUCGUGCGCCUUGUUCGAUCCAGAUGGAGGAUUGGUUGCAAAUGCGCCGCAUCUGCCGGUCCAUCUGGGAAGUAUGUCGACCUGUGUCCGGAUACAGGCUCAGCUCUGGCAUGGCAGACUUCAACCAGGCGAUGUAAUUGUCUCGAAUCACCCAGAGUUUGGCGGUACACAUCUCCCCGAUAUCACAGUCAUCCAGCCAGCAUUUAGCCAGGGCAAGAUUAUCUUCUAUGUUGCCUCGAGAGCACACCAUGCUGACAUUGGCGGUAUUUUGCCUGGAUCGAUGCCACCGCAUUCAAAAGAACUCUAUCAAGAAGGUGCCGCCAUCAAGAGUGAGAAGCUGGUCUCGGAAGGCAAAUUUAACGAGCAGCGGAUUACGGAGCUCCUGUACAAAGAGCCUGCCCAGUACCCCAACUGCAGUGGAACUCGCUGUCUCGCAGACAACCUGAAUGACCUCAAGGCUCAGAUCGCGGCCAACAAGAAAGGAAUCAACCUGAUCAAUGCCCUGAUUGAUGAAUAUGGCGAGGAAGUGGUGCUCUUCUACAUGCAUCAAAUCCAGGAUAACGCAGAGCUCAGUGUACGCAACCUUUUGAAGGAGGUCAGUCAGAAAUUCGCAGGCCGGAAUCUCAGCGCUAUUGACUACAUGGACGAUGGAACCCCGAUUCAAUUGAAGAUCUCGAUCGACGCAGACAAAGGCGAAGCGGUGUUUGAUUUCGAAGGAACGGGCCCAGAGGUCUAUGGCAAUAUCAAUGCCCCCGAAGCAGUCACCUACUCAGCAAUCAUCUACUGUCUACGAUGUCUGAUUUCUGCCGACAUUCCUUUGAACCAAGGCUGCCUGAAGCCGAUUAAAGUCCACUUACCGCCAAAGAGUCUCUUAUCGCCAUCUGAGUCCGCAGCGGUUGUAGGAGGAAACGUACUGACGAGUCAACGAGUCACCGAUGUGAUUCUGAAAUGCUUCAAGGCUUGCGCUGCUUCUCAGGGUGACACUAAUAACCUGACUUUCGGGUUUGGAGGUAAUCUACAAGGAGAGACUGAGACAAAAGGUUUUGGUUACUAUGAAACCAUCGCCGGCGGAAGCGGAGCCGGACCGGCCUGGGAGGGUACUUCAGGAGUACACACCCAUAUGACCAACACACGAAUCACCGACGCGGAGGUUUUCGAACGACGAUAUCCCGUUCUACUUCGAGAGUUCAAUCUCCGGGCUAAUUCUGGGGGCGCCGGUCAGCACCGCGGCGGAGAUGGUGUCAUUCGAGACAUUGAAUUCCGCACUCCGGUACAGGUCUCCAUCCUCUCCGAACGUCGAGUAUACCACCCUUACGGCCUGGAAGGAGGCGAAGAUGCCGAAUGCGGCCAGAACCUUUGGGUGCGACGAGUCCAGAAAUCUGAUGGAAGCUGGGAGGAGCGAUGUAUCAGCCUAGGAGGGAAGAACUCAGUCCAAAUGCAGGCCGGCGAGCGAAUUAUUAUCCGCACUCCCGGUGGAGGAGGUUGGGGUCGAGUUGGGGACCAGCACCAGCUUGUUCAUGAAACGGAUGCUCGUCAUGCCUGGCGAGGUGGUUCCCUGGCUACCCGUCUGGCAACGCAAGAAGCGAGUAUGUGA